AUGGAGGUUGGUGGGACCCUCAAACAACUUUUAAGGAAGGUUCUUGGUCAUGCUUCUGUAUCUUACGAAGAAAUGCUGACUUUGCUAUGUGAGUGUGAGAGCAUAGUCAAUGGACGCCCACUUACUUACAUAUAUGAUGAUCCUAAUGAAUUGAAGGCUAUCAAACCAUCAGACUUCAUCCAAGACAUUAAAGGCACUGAAGUUUUGGACUUGGACAUUGUAGACGCUAAGCAUUUACGUAAGCGUAUACGUUAUCUUCAAAAUCUGCGCUAUCAAUUACGUCAACGGUUCCAAAAAGAAUAUUUAUCAGAGCUUAUUUGGAAUCCGCAGUUAGAUCUCAAGCGAUGUGACUUAUCAGUAGGAGAUAUUGUUCUAGUGGGCUCGGACAAUGUUAAACGGUUAAACUGGCCUUUAGGACGCGUCAUCGAAAUGUUUCAAGGAAAGGACAACAUCGAACGAGUCGUCAAAUUGCUUGUAUCUAAUGGAGAAAUUAUCCAACCUAUUCAGAGAAUUUAUCCCUUAGAAUUGAGCUCUUCUGAGAUUUUCGAGGAUGUACCUGCAAUAGUUGAAAGUGCUCCCGAUACCUCUUAUAGUGCUAAACAGUGUUCUACUUCAAAUGACCAAUCUUUUCAAUCUGAAGAUCUUUCUAAAGAACAAAAAGAAACUCUGAAGAAAACACGACUUGGUCGUCAAAUUGCCCCUCCAAAAAGAUUGGACUUAUAG